GAUCGCCGGCAACCUACAUGGGAAUUCCCAGUUUUUUCGUAAUAUCUUCUAUUGGGAUUUCUGAGUUCGGUGCAAAAAGAAGAAAACAAUUUCAACUUCAUUUAUCUCAACUGAGUCAAAAAACAAUAGAAAUGAUCAACGAUUAUUUAAAAGAAGCCGAAGCUCAAAUCAUUAAAGACAAGUUGCUCUAUUUUUCCAUUUAUUUACUAUCCAAUAAUUUAGAAUUUCCUGUUUUUGAUCUAUUUUCAAUGGACGGCUCAUUGUUGGUGUCGAUUACAGGAUCAGUAACAACAUAUUUGGUAAUACUUCUACAAUUUCAACCACCAUCUUCAGUUAAAAGUAUUGCCAAUAAUACUUUCAACAGCACUGCAAGUUCUUUGAUUAAUAAUAGUAACGUAAUUAUCUAACAAUUGAAAUUUGCAAAG